AAUAGAGCAGCCGGUCUGCAAGAAAUAGGUCCGCACCUGCCUGGCAGAUGAAUUAGUUUGCAUUCACUGUCUUCUGUAAAUUGUGCGCGCGGGGGGGAAAGUGUCGGGGAUGUAUGGAGUCACGACGCACGACGCAGCGCACUUCGUCAUGACCUGAAGUGAAUCACGAUGGGAUUUCUUUAGUGACGUUAUAUUUAGGUUGGGAGCAAUUAGGCAUGGCUCGUGCGUGUUGCAUAUUUAACAGCAGCUGUCGCACAUAGCUGCACACUGACACCACUUUUGGCUGCAACUCAUUUUAUUUUUAGUAUCAUUUUUCAUCCAAAGCUUUGCUCCUGCAUAUUUCCACGGAGUGAGGAGUGCGUGGUGCGCUGACUGAGUGCGCCUGUGAAGUCAAGUGUGUGCGGAUUUAUAGGGGAGGACGCUCCUUUCUUAUUAGUGCACCUGUGGAAGCCUGCAAGAAGAACACCGUGGACGUCUUUUGUUUUUCUUUUGCCUUUUACCACACGCGUUUUAGUUUUAGGGGCUCUGCUGCAGCGUAAAGCGUCUCCCGGAUGCGCGUCUGGACUUCAGCACCACAUCAGCGUUGAACAGCUCCGGGUGGACGCGUGUGGAUGGGCUCUGUCUGUCUCCGUGUCUCGAGCAGCUCCUAGGUAUCGGCAACAAUGGCACAACAGGGCUUCUGGUCUCUUGGUGGAGAUAAUGCGGGGGCCAACACCGGGAAUCAGAGCCCCAGCACGCCCAGGGCUUGGUGCCAAGCGGCGGCCUCGAAAUUAUCCGGAGGACUUGGAUCUAAAUUAUGUGCUCUUCUCAAUGUCGGAGAAUUGGAGAAAGGCGCCGAGCCGGCCGCCAAGCAGCCGCCGGAGACAGAGGCAGCUGCCUGCAGCUGCAACAAAUCCUGCAACUGCACCAAAGCUUCUGUGGUCUUCUCCGACCUCUAUUCAACAGACCUGUUACCUGCCAUGGACAGUGACGCCAAAACCAUGAUCUUCCUGCAGGAAGUUGUGGAUAUUUUAAUGGCCUACAUCGUGGAGUCUUUCGACCGGGACACGAAGGUUAUUGAUUUCCAUUACCCGAACGAGCUGCUCCAGAAGAAUAACUGGGAGCUUCAGAGCGAGCCGGCCUCCCUGGAUGAGAUCUUGAUCAGCUGUCGCGCCACUCUCAAAUACGCCAUCAAAACAGCCCAUCCCAGGUACUUCAAUCAGCUCUCUACAGGAUUAGACAUGGUUGGACUGGCAGCCGAUUGGCUAACAUCCACUGCCAACACCAAUAUGUUCACCUAUGAGGUGGCUCCUGUCUUUGUGCUGCUGGAAUACGUCACUCUGAAGAAGAUGAGGGAAAUCAUUGGCUGGAAGGAUGGGCAGGGAGAUGGCAUUUUCUCUCCUGGGGGGGCUAUUUCUAACAUGUAUGCCAUGCUGCUCGCUCGCUUCAAGAUGUUCCCUGAAGUGAAGGAGAAAGGAAUGUCAUGCGUUCCCAGACUGGCGGCCUUUACAUCCGAACAUAGUCAUUUUUCAAUCAAAAAAGGUGCAGCGGCUCUUGGCAUCGGGACGGAGAGUGUGAUCUGCAUUAAAGUAGAUGAAAGCGGUCAAAUGAUUCCAGCUGACCUUGAGAGGAGAAUACUGGAAGCCAAACAGACGGGAUUGGUCCCUUUCUUUGUCAGUGCAACAGCUGGGACCACAGUGUACGGAGCCUUCGACCCUCUCAUUGCCAUUUCUGACAUCUGCAAAAAGUACAACGUGUGGAUGCAUGUGGAUGGAGCGUGGGGAGGAAGUCUCCUCAUGUCCAGGAGACACAGGUGGAAGCUGGAUGGAGUUGAAAGGGCCAACUCAGUGACAUGGAACCCUCACAAGAUGAUGUCUGUCCCUCUGCAGUGCUCCGCCCUGCUGGUCCGAGAGGAGGGCCUGAUGCAGAGCUGCAACAAUAUGCACGCCGUCUACCUGUUCCAGCAGGACAAACACUACGACCUCUCCUACGACACCGGGGAUAAAGCGCUGCAGUGUGGACGCCACGUGGACAUCUUCAAGCUGUGGCUCAUGUGGAGAGCUAAGGGCACCAUUGGGUUUGAGGCUCAGAUUGAUAAGUGUUUGGAGUUGUCUGAUUACCUCUACAACAAGAUCAAAGACAGAGAAGGGUACGAGAUGGUCUUCAAUGGAACGCCUCAGCACACCAACGUCUGCUUCUGGUACCUCCCUCCUGGGAUCCGCUACAUGGAGGACAAAGAGGAGAGGAAGAAACACUUGCACAAGGUGGCUCCAGUGAUAAAGGCCAGGAUGAUGGAGUACGGAACAACCAUGGUCAGCUACCAACCACAAGGAGACAAGGUCAACUUUUUCCGCAUGGUGAUCUCAAAUCCCGCCGCUACCCUCGAGGACAUCGACUUUCUUAUUGAGGAGAUUGAGCGACUGGGCAAGGAUCUAUAAAACUCAUCUCACCCUGCUGUACGUUUCCCCUUGGAUGAAUUGUUUGUCGUGAAUGUACUGGUAAACUUCUUCUUUUCUUCUUUCCUCCAAAGUUAAAUAUUUAAGAGUAUAUUUGAGAAAAAAGAUCUACAGAUAUAUCCAUAUAUUAUGUAUUGUAGCUUUGCUGUGGACUAACUUGGUCCAAAGCUAUAUAAAAGUGCUUCUGUCUGCCUUCCUAAAGUGUAAUAGAUCCAAGAGUAGUGUAAGUGCUGUAACUUUAUAUGUACUUUUUGUGAUAUGAAAUGCUCGUGCAAUAGGUCGAUGAGGAAAAGUUUUAUUUUUGAAUCAUUUCUCAUUUGCCAAGUAUGUUGUUAAGUGCCAAACGUAGUUGUGUUCUAUUGUAACUUUACAUUUUAAACUUGCUUAAAACGAAAAAAAGCACUUCACCUUACCUCAGCAUAAUCAACUGCCUUUACAUCUGCACAUCAUACUCCAAAGUAGUAAUUUUGGAAAAUGUACUCGUGACUGGUGGUGUAUAUCAGAACUCAUGUUAAUAAAUGCAGUAAAUAAUCCAGCCAACAAGUUAUAAUAAGGGAUUUUUAAUCAGGUACAAAAGAAGGUAUUUCCUUUCAAAUCAAACAACUGUAAAGUCAAUUCAAAGCAUUUAUGAAGAUGUGACGUUCCAUCAUGCAUCACAUCGGCCUCUUUUGCUGCUUAUGACACUUUUAAUCUUCUUUCACGUGCUUCUUUCUGGUGUAUUUGAAGUGGUAAUGGCUUGUUAAACCCAUUUUGUUUGAUGUCACUUUCAUAUCAAAAUGGGAAUAAUUUUCAACGUGGCUGUAUAUUUAACUGUGCUGGAUGUGCUUUACAUGUCGUUAUGAUGAUCUCAAAUUAUAAUAAUCAACAUUCAAGAGGUAACAUGAAGAUAUAAUCCUUAAGUGUAUUUUUUGUUUCUAAGCCCCUUUUCAACAUUGAUCUAGCCAGCCAAAGAAUCUGGACUUUUUAAUUAACUUAAAAUGUAUCUAAAAAAUAUUGGGGGAAUGUGUAUCUAAGACACCAAACCACUCAGGUUUUUGAUCAAAUUGCAAUUAUACAAAUUAUAUUGCCAAUUUGUUUAUGGCACAAACAAAACUAAGUCAUGGUGUUUUUUGUUUGGUACUGACAUGGUGGGGAAAGUCAUGCUGGAUUACCAACUGGGAAAAGUGGACCACUUCCAAAGGUGGAACCAAAGCCCUGAGUUCACUGCAUGUCAAAUGCUUUUGGUCAUUUAAUUAUAAAAAAAAACGUAAAUGUGUCCACUUAGCUACACUUAGCUUUAGCAUUAUAAGCAUUAGCUAAUAAGAUAACUAUCCCUAAAAAAUUAUCCCUAAUAUUGUGACCAAAUUAUGCAUUUUCCUGAUAAAGUAUGUCAUUAUAUUGACACCAUCUGGUAUAAGUUUGGUAUAUAUCAACAAGUCAAAGUCAAAAGUCAAAAGUCAGUCAAAGUCAACUUUAUAGUCAAAGUACUGGCUGCACUGGACUUUAUUGGAAUUAUGAUCACAUGACCUGCAGUACCAACGUUGGCCACUAUCCCCUUUUCCAUGCUCUUGCUGUUUUAACAGUGGCAUUUUAAGGAUUGUACAUUUUAAGAUGUGAAACCUUUCAUCUACAGUCACAAAAUGAAAGAAACUAUUUGUCAGUUGUGUUUUUGGAUGAGCACUUAAAGAAAGAUUGAGGAUCUUGAGAAAACUUGUAACGGGCAAUAAUGGUGUUUUGUUUAAUUUAGAAACUUCACCAUGAUGCUAAAGCAAACCUGACAUCACUUGCACUUGCACUUGCACUAAAUCAUUGGGGAAGGAGGAGCAUCCCUUAGUAUUGCAACUGAGAUGUCUUCUUUAUUGAUUCACAAGCAAUAUGCGAUGUUGGGUCCAAACUACAUGCCCUGCACCAAAUCAGAAGAAACAGUGCAUUCAAGUCACCAUAGUUAAAGAUAAUCAAAUUUGCUAUUAUUUAGCAAAAACAUAAAAAUGCUUAUUACUGAAGGCAGCUUAGUUAAUGGAGUGUGAAUCCUGAUCAAACAAGCAGAGGUUCUUUCGCAUUUUCAUUAGAACAAGGUAGAGAAAGCACAAUUUGCUCAAUACGGUCGCUCAGUGUACAAUCAUUUUAUGAUCAUAGAUUGUAAAUAGUAUUUCAAGAUGUCCUAAGUACAUAUCUUUGUGUAUACAUAAGUGUAUAUAAGACGUAUAACCAGAGACUAUUUGUGAGGUAAAGUUAUUCAUAUUUUCUCUAUCUCCAAUAUAGAUAACCUGUAUUUUCAUCUCGUUUGUCCAAAAGGCUUUUUCCUGUGUGUAUGUAUGUACUGUAUGUUUGUCCGAUACUUGACUUGGUUUGUGACUCUUCUAGCUAUUUCAAAGAAAACGUGUUUCAGGGACAGGCUUUAAAGAAAUUGACUGUAUUCACCUCAAAAUACUUCCGAGUCUUGCUCAGAGACUCUAGUGUUUGUAUUUUAAAUGAAUAUGCAAAGCCAUUUUGACUCUGAAGCUCUGUGUUUUUUGUGCACAAGUGAAUACUUGACGGUAUGUGUACCUACUGUAAGUGUGUUUGUAACUGUGUUGCCUUAGUAUACAUUUGCCAGUAUUGUCUAGUGUUCCUCCAAAAGGGGAGGUGGUGCACUUUAGAGUAUACCCAUGACCUACUAACGUGCAAUGUCCAUUGGUUGUUCAUAAGUUGAUGUUUAAAAAAAGUAUUCAAAAAUGUAACUUAAGCUCUUUUGUCUGAAUGUGACAGGAAUCAGGGGUCUGUUAUGAAAGCAUUUCAUUUUUUGCAGUUUAUAGAUAUUAUAAAAGUGCUUUGUUUGAUCGUUUCACAUCCUAGCAGAGAUUAGCCUAACGUUUAAGAUGUGAUAAUCUUUAUUCUGUUCCCGAUCAAAUUGGCGUAAACACCAUGACACAGACAACAUCAGAUAUAUUACAACGGCGUUUCGGAAAGCCAGACAUUUUCUUCUCUUGCUGCUGAAAGACUUGCUUCCUUUGCACGUGCAUGCGAUGCCUUGCCUGUCCAGCUUGUUCGAUAUCUCUAUAUCAAUUUCUAUAUACAUAUAUAUACAUAUAUACAGUAUGUGUUGCUCCUGUAAUUAGCUUUAGUGUCCAAUGUAUAGCUUUAGCCUGUAGAAUAGUUCACUGUCGCUCUAGCCUUUACAUGUGAUCUGUGUCUUGAGCUUCCUGUAAAGUGUCUCUGUGCCGCAAGCAUGCUAACCUCGCCUAGCAUUGUAUUCCUCUUCGCGCUUGAAAACUAUCUCUAUGCUCUGUCUUUCUUCUUCUGCUUGAAUACCGUCGCAGCUCAGUACCUAGCGUAUUAUAUAUCUAUGUGUGUACAGUUCCUCAGCAUGUCUCUGAAAGCUUUUCUCUGCUCUGCACCUGUGCAUACUUUUCUCUCUUCUCUUUCGCUUCGCCCUCUAGUGGCGGUAACAAUGUAUCCUCUCGCUUUCUUCCAAUGUCGCUCGGCUGCCCUCUGUCAUUCUGUGAGAGCGUGUCGUGUCAUGGUGUCAUCAGGCCAUUGUUUUCUGAUUUUGUUUUAAAUAGACCCUUGACUAUGAGAUGUAUAAGAAUCAAUAGGAUUGAGACUUGAUUGUCCAAAAAACUUGUCCAAAACAGGUGUUAUUAGCCUUCAACACAGAUAUAUAGAAAAAAAACCUGGUUUCUUGUUUAUAGGAAAUAUUGUUUGUUAAUGAGAACAAUUACAAUCCCCUAGUACUCAGAGUGCAGUCCACUUUCACCAAAUAUGGUACGAUUUUGAAUCAUAUAUUCUGCCAACUGCUCUGCUAGCUUCUCUCAAACAUUUUGUCCUGAACUGUAUGUUACUAUUGGGAAAAUAUAAAUAAAUAUUGUCAAAACAAACCA